AUGCAUCUUAAUACGUCACAUCACCGUCGUUUCCAUUGUUCCCUUCCAAUUGUUGUCAUUGCAAUUCUAAUCUUUUCCAAAUUCCCAACAUUUUGUGUGGCAUAUGACACAUCUUUGACCCAUUUGGAGGAUCCAGCAAGAAAAUUAUACCUUUUCGAUAGUUAUACAGAGAAGGACGGGACCCUUUUGAUCCAGUUUGCCCAUUAUAAUAACCUUGACCAAACAUGCAUUGAUCCCGAAAUAAAUUUAAGAAUUGUAUUUCCGGAUGGGACCGUCAAGUCGUUGGAGUUCACUGAUCAAGUUCCAGAUUAUAAUUUUUGCAUGUUGGAAAAAGUUUUCAUGAAUUAUUUUAUCAAUAAACAUCUGAUCCUCAUAACAUAUUUUAACGGAACGGAUGAAGCGACAACUAUACAUACAGGAAUGGUAAUUGAUUUGGAUGGAAAUAUUUUGCAGUUCAUUGAGUUGGGAAUUGGAAUUGGAAAUGUUAAUCGUAAUAUUAACGAAGAAACUGGAUUUAUGUGGACUCGUCUUGUAAAUGGUACUGCAAUCGCAUGGUCACGAUUUGCACCGAUGCCUUCCAACCCUAAACAAAUCAUAAAGAUUGGAUCGGGUUUUUUCUCAACUCCCAAUCCGUCAUCGAUCAUUAGAUCGUACGAUAUGUUUAGCUCAAGCGAUGGUGGUAACGGUCUCAUCCUUGUGACCAAACCUUUAAAAACUUCCAAUGAUCCCGUCUCGGACCCGGCUUGGGAAGUUUACGCGAUUUUUAUGGAUAAAACCGCAUCGGAAAUCAGCGCACCGUAUUUAAUCUAUCAAUCACCGAUCGAUUGGUUUAACGUGGAAUUUGGUUUUUGUCGGAAAACAGCAAAUGGUCAAGGUUAUAAUUGUUUAAUGUUUAUUGAAACGGUAGAUGCUCCGAAACAACCACCGCUGCCUAAAGCAAAAGAAGUGACAAAUGUUCAAACGACUUCGAUGCGUUAUCGAUUAACAUUUUUAACCAGCGGUUCUGUAACAAGUAUUAAAAAGUUAGAUAUGGGCAAGCGACCUCCUAAUGAAAAGGUUGACACCUUUAACGUUUUAUUUGAUGGAGGAUUUCUGGUUACUUAUGAUCUGGGUGAUAAUAAAAAAAAUGGAAUGUUUUUAACGCAGGAUGGUGAAUAUGACGGGGAAUGGGAAGGUUUUAAUGGUGAUAUCAUUCAUUAUGCAUAUAUUGAAAGUAAUGAUACGAUGUGGGGAAUGUUUUACCAAGUGGAUGCUGCUAGCUGGACCAUAAUGACCAAUCCUUUACAAUAUAAACACAGAAAUCCAAAUAUCCUUGAAACGACGCCCACUGACAUGACCAUAGGAUCCAAAAGUUUAGAUAGUAUCUCAAUACAAUACGAUAAACCCAUAUUGUUUUCGUCCGGAAACAUCUCAAUUUAUCAGGUUAUUGAUAAUUUGAAUGACUUAUUACGCCAAUCAUAUUCCGGAAUAUCUGGAUACGCUUCAAUUUCAGACAACACAACAGUGAACAUCGAAGUAUUUCCAAGCACUUUUAAUAAUCCAAGCGCAAGUUAUUUCGUCACAAUUGACGAUAACUUUGUCAGCUCUAAAAAAUUCAACGAGGCGAUAAUGGGAAUCAACAAGAGAAUUUGGUUUUUAAAUACAUCCAUGCAAGAACCUGAUCCGUGCAAAUGUAAGUUAAGAGAUGAUUUAUAUCUAGCGAAUCAACUUGGUCGUAAUUCUUAUAUUGAAUUUCUAUUAUUAUCAGCAUCGGCUUCUGUAUUAUUGAGGUUUAAUGCCGUUGGAACAAAAUAUCUUAAAUAUCUCGAUUCGGAUGAAGUUAGCAUCUUUUAUAAUGAACUAAUGAAUGAAUUUUCUGAAAUCAUUCCUAUCGAAAGAUCUAGGUUAUCUGAUACGGGAAAAUUUCAAAAUGAUCCCUUUGAUUCUAAUAAUUUUGUUCUCAUGCAAGUGAGAAUAUUACAACCAGAUGAAAGAACAAAACCGUGUGCUAAAGACAUUGUGGGUGUCUUGGACUCUUUAGUUAAAAAUAAAUAUUCCACCCUUAUAUCGCGAUUUCCUCUAUCUAGCAUGUUGGAUGAAAAAUAUGGUGUUGUGUUAACGCCCGAGGGAUGGAGUCUUCAAAUGAAAAUGGGUUUAAUAUUUAUCUUAGGUGGAGCCUUAUUGGUUACUAUUGUAUUCUUUAUAUUUAGACAUCGAAAUCCUAAUUCAGCUUCCUCAUUAUACAUACCAAGUAUUUUGUUUUUAAUCGGACCAACCGGUUUCAACGCCAUUCUCGCAUUAUACAUCAUAUUAAAAGAACAAUCUACAAAUGAAUCAUUUAGAAAGUGGUUCAUGACUAAUACAAAAGUUGUAUCAUUAUUGACGAUUCUGGCUUCAGCCGAUGUAGGAGUCUUAAAUAUUAUUACGUCCAAAUUAGCGGGCUUGUCUUAUUUUUGUGCACCAAUGUCAAAGGAAGCCGAAAUUAAAGUAUUUUGGGGAAGUUUUAUUAAUAUAUUUCUUGAAGAUGUACCGCAAUUUGUCAUUAGAAUUAUAUAUUUACAACAAAAUAGUAUCAUUUACGAUCCAAUUCCGGUAAUUGCUCUAAUAUCCGCUGGCAUUUCAAUAUUAUUUAGUCUUAUUGGGAGAGGAUUUGAUGCAUUAUUUUAUAAAAUUCCUUUCUCUGAAAGAUCAGGGACCGGCAAGAAAUUUAAAAAUGAUGAAAAUUUUUCAAGUGUCGAUGAUAAUUUAAGUAAGUCAUCUAAUUGUAAGAAAAAUGCCUCAUCAAAUGAAGUUAGUAACAAUGUUAUAAGGAGAGUUGUAGUAUCCGAUGAUGAUAGUGAUAUAAAAGUUGAAAUACCAGAUGAAUAUAAUAAUGAUAUGAAAGAAAUUGAAAUAAUCGAUGAUAAUAAUGAUAUGAAAGAAGUUAAAAGAAUCGAUGAUAAUGAUAAUGUUACAAAAGAUGAUAAUAUAAAAGGUGUUGAAAUACCUGACGAUAAUGAUAAGGAAGUUGAAACGCACGAUGUUAAUAAUAAUGAUAUAAAGGAUGAUACAGAUAUUGUAUCAAAAUGA